GCUGUUCUUUGACAAAGCCAACCGACCACGAUGACCGUCCGCCUGCGCAUGGCUCUCCACGGCACCAGGCACAACCGUAUUUUUCAUUUGGUCGCCAUAGAUCAUCGUAGACGCCGCGAUGCCAAGCCCAUAGAGCUCUUGGGUGUAUUCGAGCCAUCCCCGAAGUUGGACAAAGUCGGGGAGCAUUCGUAUAAGACCAUGAAAUGGAGUGUCGAUAGAAUCAAGUAUUGGUUGGGCGUCGGAGCCGUUCCAAGCAAACCCGUAACACGCUUUCUGGAAUGGGGGGGAAUCAUACCGCCGGACUCAGGAUACUCUUCCAAACCUCUUUCGCCGCAGCAUCUGGGAACCCAUCCGAAUCCUCAAUCAUCGACACAAUGCGGAUCAUAGAGUGAGAUGCCGUCCGGAUUCGAUUGUAAAGUGCCACCCAUUCUAUACUAUGGUACUGCCUUCUCGUAAAAGGGCAGAGAGCUUGCUGUGGCCUGCAAUCUCAGCCAAUUCCGCUGCUGUCAAGUUAUCCGGAUCCUAAAGCCAGAUGAGCAACUGAA